AUGCAUCUACUGUACCUAGCCAAAAAGUACAGCACUGGAAAGCUGGAAGAUAUUUGUCUGAAAUUCCUUAAAACAUCCUUAAACGCCAAGAACGUCUGCACUAUCCUGGAACAAGCCAAGUUCUUUAAUGUAGAUGAACUAUGUAACACAACCAUUAAAUACAUCUUGGAAAAUGGAAAUUCGGCUUUGAAGUCACCUGAUUUUUUAACCUUAUCACAGAAGUCCGUACUGGAUGUUGUGAAAUCUGAUGACCUCCAAGCAGAUGAGAAAGAGGUAUUCCAGGCUGCCUAUGAGUGGGCCAAGCACCAGUGUGAGCAGAAACACGUGGCCAUCAAUACAGAGACUUUACGAACACAACUUGGAGACAUCGUCCAGCAGAUCCGCUUCCCUCUUCUGGACAGAGAGUUCUUUGUCCGGACAGUGGUUCGUAGCGGCGUGCUGACAGACAAGGAGCAGUUGCUGAUUCACAACCAUGCUGUCUGCAAAGAUGUUUCCGUGGCCCCAUUCUCUUACAAACCGAGAAACUUUAGAAGCAAGCACAGCGGUGGCAUUCGAUGUAACAGUUGUGGAUGCACGUUGAACAAUUUUGCAAAUAACUAUUACGGGUAUAGGUUUUGCCAGAAAUGUGGACUGCAUUACUAA